CGUCUUUUGUGUCGACCCUAAUGUGGCCAUUCUACGCGCGCUUACUUUAUACCUAUACUAAUUUAUACUCGCCGGUUUGACUGAUCCCAGAUAGUCACAUUUCCACUCUUGGACAGAAAUUUCUAUUUUUCAAAGGUCCAAAUAAAAAUUGCCAUUUUGAUACUUUCAAUACAUAAAAAUAGAUCAUUUCCUUCCCGAUUUUCACACCAAGAAGAGGAUGCCAAACAAAAUAACCUUUGCAGACUUUCCUAUUUUAAGCAGAAGUGGUGUUAAAAUUAAGGACAAGGAUGAGGUGAUAAGAAAAUUAAACAACAUCAUACGAGGAGGUCCGGAAAAACUGCAAGUUGUUACGGAUUUUGACCUCACUUUAACGAAACAACAUGUCAAUGGAAAGAAUCACCUUAGUAGUUUUGACAUAUUUGCCAAAUGCAAGCAGCUACCACCAACCUAUGAGGAGAAUUCAAUCCAACUUGCCAAAAGAUAUGUGAAAAUUGAGAAGGAUCCGGAAAUACCGUUAGAAGUAAAAAUUAAUGCUAUGGAAGAAUGGAUGGAGCUUGGUGAACAAAAUAUAAAGGGAUACGAAUUCGACCCAACCGAAUUGGAGGAAGUAGCUGAAAAAUAUGGCACGGAUUUGAGAGACGGCACAAAAAUCCUGAUGGACAAGCUAAAUGCAGCCAACCUUCCAGUACUUGUUUUCUCUGCGGGACUUGGAGACGUGGUGCAUGCAAUUCUGAAGCAUAAUAGCGUUCUCCAUCCUAACGUCGAAAUAGUGUCAAAUUUUCUAAAGUACUCUGGUAAAAUGUUAGAUGGUAUCAGAGGUAAAAAAAUUCACGUUUUCACUAAAAACGAAACCAACCUAGACCCAGAACAUCUCAAGAGAUUGGAGAGUAGGAAAAAUAUUUUGUUGAUGGGUGACAGCCUUGGGGACACGACGAUGACCAAUGGCAUUCAAAAUAUAGAAAAUAUUUUUAAAAUCGGUUUUUUAUAUAGCAAGGACGAUGAAAUUGUUCGAAAAAGCUUAGAUGCGUACAUGAACUUGUUCGAUGUUGUAUUAAUAGAUGACCAAACGAUGGAUCUUCCGUUGUUUAUACUGGAAAUGAUUGUUUAAAUUUCAGAAAAAAAACUAAAUUACAAAGUUUUCUUUAAUAUAAUAAAUUUGAAUUGCUGUUAUUUCCCGCCUUAACUAUCAAUUUCACGUUCUCGCGCGUUAUUCAAAAUCUGGUGUUGCAGUUUUGAAAAGUAUUAGCUUUUUAACAGGAUUAGAAACGUACUUUUACUAAGAUGGGGAUACUCUACAUUUAAAAGACACUUUCAUGAAUUAUUGAUGCGGCGGAUAUUUUUCUGGGAAAAUUUGUAUUAGUCUUAAUUUAUUUGUUUCUUAAGAUUUUUUUAAGCCUAGUAGCUGUUUUAUUUUCUCUAUUUGUACAAAUUCAGUGACAUAUCAGUGAGGCUGUAAGUUGCACAUAGGAAAUUUGUAAUGAACACGUAAAAUUUUUAGAUUCUUUAGCGAGAAAUAUAUUUUGCCUAAGCCA